AUGGUCGUGGGUUCGAUCCCCGUGCAGCUCGGGGCCCCUGCAGCUUGGGGCCCCUGCAGCUCGGGGCCCGUGCAGCUCCAGCAGACGGCCCGUAGAAGAGCCCGCCCCACAAUCAAGGCGCCCUCAUCCAUCACCAGCGGUCGACGCGCCGCGGGGCCAAACAUGUCCUUUCCUUCGCCAAAUGGCCUCUCGGAGACAUAUGAGAGCAGAGCACUUCCACCUGUGCAGACCCCCCCUCGGCCCCUGCCUGGCCCCCCGCCUCCAUCACUCUCUGCCACCUCUGGUCCUCCGUGGGUGAGUGCAGCCGCUUAUCUCUGA